GAAAGGAGAUCCAAAUCGAUUUUGCCAGCCCAGGACUGCUGCUCCAAGUGCUGGUCUCGCCGUUCAGUUAGUCAGGUGUAGGCAGUGGUUCAAAGUGGAAGUCCUUGGGAAAAGUGGCCGUUUCGCGAUUUAGGGUGUUCCGCAGUACUGAAAGAAAGAAAAUUGCUUUGUGGAAAAAGAUGGGAGGAAAAUGUUACAAGGCCUAGAUAUUUGAUUGAAGUGUGUGGUUUCCAUGAAGAAAUAGGAAGCUGGUUGCAGAUCAAAAUUUUCGGAAAAUGCGUUGACCAAAUUUUAAAGCUAUUGAAAAUGUGAGAAAAUCAGCAGUGCAAGAUAUCAAAUUAAAAAAAAAAUAACAGCAAAAAUACGAAAUAAGUGUAAAAACCCCGAAUGGGAAAGUGCAAAAUUUUCCACCGUAUAAUUUGAACCACUCGAGAAGAAGCUGAGCUGAACGCAGAAGGAAGAAAGGAAGGACCUCAUCGUCGUUGUCGUCAUUGGACGGCCGUCGGAGGUGCAGGAUUUUCCACACCUUUUGUCAGGGUGGAAACUGAGCAAAGUGCGGGAGCAAGAAGCAGCAGCAGCAGCACGCAGAAGAGUGAAAAAAAAAAACAGCCACCAGCCCAGAGAGGAAAAUCGGGAAAAAUUACCUCCAGAAUCAAGCGUAAUAUCUUCAGAAUGGCCCCAGGCCAUUACUUCUGGGCAAUAUUCUAUUUUGCCUGUCUGUGCAGUGCGUCACUAGCCAACAACGCCAAGGUAAACUUCCGCGAGAAGGAGAAGAAAAUCCUCGAUCAGAUCCUAGGCGCUGGUAAAUAUGACGCCCGAAUCCGUCCCUCGGGCAUCAACGGCACAGAUGAUAAGGCUACACAAGUGUUCGUCAACAUGUUCCUUAGAUCGAUAUCGAAAAUCGACGAUUACAAAAUGGAAUACAGCGUACAGCUAACAUUCCGAGAGCAGUGGCUGGACGAGAGGCUCAAGUUCGACGACAUCGGAGGCCGCCUCAAGUACCUGACCCUGACCGAGGCCAACCGCGUCUGGAUGCCGGAUUUGUUCUUCUCGAAUGAGAAGGAAGGCCACUUCCACAACAUCAUCAUGCCGAACGUGUACAUCCGGAUUUUCCCGUACGGUUCGGUCCUGUACAGCAUACGAAUCUCGCUGACGUUGGCCUGCCCGAUGAACCUGAAGCUGUACCCUCUGGAUAGGCAGGUGUGCUCGCUCCGGAUGGCUAGCUAUGGCUGGACAACCGCUGAUCUGGUAUUCCUUUGGAAGGAAGGUGACCCGGUACAGGUGGUGAAGAACUUACACCUACCACGCUUCACACUGGAGAAAUUCUUAACCGAUUACUGUAACAGUAAGACCAACACCGGUAAGUACUACUCUUGGCCUUGGAGGUAUUUGCCAAAGUCUAACGUCCUUCUCCCCAUUUUAGGUGAAUACAGUUGCUUGAAGGUGGACCUCCUCUUCAAGCGAGAGUUCUCGUACUACUUGAUCCAGAUCUACAUUCCCUGCUGCAUGUUGGUCAUCGUCUCGUGGGUGUCCUUCUGGCUGGAUCAGGGCGCCGUACCAGCCCGUGUAUCCCUCGGAGUCACCACGCUGCUCACAAUGGCAACCCAGACUUCAGGUAUCAACGCCUCGCUACCGCCGGUGUCCUACACCAAGGCCAUCGAUGUGUGGACCGGUGUCUGCCUCACGUUCGUAUUCGGAGCCCUGCUAGAGUUCGCUCUGGUCAAUUACGCGUCCCGUUCAGCGGACAGGGCUGCGGACAUUCAACGGGAGAAUAUGAAGAAGAAACGACGCGAAAUGGAACAGGUCAGCCUAGACGCUGCGUCCGAUCUACUGGACACCGAUAGCAACGCCACCUUCGCAAUGAAACCCCUGGUACGUCACCCGGGCGAUCCCAUGGCAAUGGAAAAGCUAAGGCAAUGCGAAGUGCACAUGCAAGCCCCCAAGAGGCCCAACUGCUGCCGAACCUGGUGGUCCAGGUUCCCCACAAGACAAUGUUCCCGCUCGAAGCGCAUCGACGUCAUCUCCCGGAUAACGUUCCCGCUGGUGUUUGCCCUGUUCAAUCUGGUCUACUGGAGCACCUAUCUCUUCCGCGAAGAGGAGGAAGAUUAGAUCGCAUUCGAACGCCAACGCCAUCAUCAUCAGCAGCAGCAGAAGCAGCUAGGGGUCCCUGAGAGGGGCUCCGCUAGAAAGCCGUACUGGAAUGCCACACACCAGCAUCACAGCAUUACUUCUAUAUGGUUAUUGAGAAUUACAUUACUAUGAAUAAUAUGAGGAAAAAACAAGAAGAAUAUAGUGAUAGAGCGUGGAUAGAAGAGCGCGAACGCCCUCAUUUGGUGAGGGUAUUACGUAGGGAAGGAAAGUUAGUAUAUAGAUACGGAUACAAGCAAAAUGAGAGAAGUUUUUAAAAUCCAUUACGAACAGAACUAGCAAAUCAAGUAAAACAAACAGUUAUAGAACCCACACGUGAAAAUACUGCUCAAACAGAUACUAAAUCUACAGAUAUACUCCAAUCAAUGCAAGAGAAAUCGGCACCCUACGAGUUUUAAAGAAGCCCAAAUCAACAGCCAGAUAAGUCAAGUCCUCAGAGGCACAUUUUGUCGAUCUUUUACAUUUCUGCCAACUAAGGCAGAAGGUCAGAAGAAUUUUAUCACCCCAUACUCUCUCACAGACACACACUAACUUCCAAGCUGGUAUUCGUUUAACCAACAUUGAACAAAAGAAAAUCACAAAAGAGCCUAACAAUAGUCUAUACACAUAAACAGUAGGGUGGUUCAAGAUUGAAGUUUGUCAGAAGACUUGGAGGAUCAGGCUCCAAAUGGUGGUCAAGGUUUUUACAAACCAACUUCUGUGUGAGGGAAACUCUAAGAAAUAACGCUUAGAGGUAGCUCGUUAAGAGUU